UGUUCCGUUAGCAGACGAGAUGAGUCCAUUUUGGGUUCCGAUUAAACUCGUCAACUGCUGACUAACUCUUUUUUUUUUCUUUUUUUGUAUUUCCAAGAUCCACUUUUCCUUUCCCCACACCUUAAAUAUUCUCUCUCCUCGCACUCAAGAUCAUUACUCUUCCCUCGCAUACUCACAUCCAUCAUUAAAUAACAACAAUGCCUUCUCCCAAUUAUACUGAUCUAGAGAGCGACGAACAGUUCGCUAAAAUCUUUGAUCCUUCCUCCUCUACCGUCUAUGCUUUCAAUUUCUGGGCCUCUUGGGCCCCUCCAUGCACUCAGAUGAAUGAAAUCUUUGAGGAACUUGCAACAAAGAAUCCAGCGAUUCGAUUCAUCAAAAUCGAGGCUGAAAAGUUUCCAGACAUCUCAGAGGAGUAUGAAAUUGCAGCAGUACCUAGCUUUGUGAUCGUCAAGGAGGGCGAAGUUGUGGACCGUGUUGACGGAGCAAAUCCUCCAGAACUGUCAAAGACAAUUGCAAAGCAUUCAAAGACCCCUUCUUCCCCUUUGCCUGGACAUUCGUCAUCAACUGCAGUAAGCAACAGCGCUCUGCCUUCAGUCACACCAUCCACUUUGUCACCUGAAGAGAUGAACGCCAGGCUCAAGGAGUUGACAAGCAGUUCAAGCGUUAUGGUCUUCAUCAAAGGAACGCCUACGGCGCCUCGCUGCCAGUUCUCACGUCAAUUGCUCGAGAUCCUAACUGCUCAAAACAUCCGCUUCAGCUCAUUCAACAUCCUGGCAGACGAUGAAGUUCGACAGGCUAUGAAGGCUUUCUCAGACUGGCCUACAUUUCCUCAAGUUUACGUAAAGGGCGAAUUUGUCGGAGGAUUGGACGUUGUCAAGGAAAUGGUGGCUACAGGCGAGUUCCAGGCUCUCGUCCCAGCAGAAAAAGAUCUGAAGACCCGAAUGGAUGAAUUGAUCAAUAAGGCCCCCCUCAUGAUCUUUAUCAAAGGCAGCCCAGAGACUCCUCGCUGUGGAUUUUCAAAGAAAUUGGUUGCGCUUUUAGCUGACCAGGGUGUCACGUAUGAUUCGUUUGACAUUUUGGAAGAUGAUGAUAUCCGUCAAGGCCUGAAGACACACGUUGACUGGCCUACUUUCCCAAUGGUGUUCUUCAAGGGUGAAUUGCUUGGUGGCCUUGAUAUUAUCACAGAAAUGAUUGACAAUGGUGAAUUUGCUCAGGUAGUGGUCGAAGCCAAGUCUCCUUCAGCCUAGAUUGCUUAGAUUUUUAUUUUGGAACCAUU